GCGCCGCCGGCGUCGUCGCGCCUCUGUGCGGGAAAGUGAGGGCAAGCUCCACCCCCGUUGCGUCGCUGCGAGGCACGCAUGGCGACCUCCGCCCCCGUCCCGCUCCGGCGAACUCCGCCCCAUCUUCAUCUUGCUCGGCGGCGUCGAGGCCCGCGGUGCUCAUUUUGGCUCCGGCGACUUCUAGCUGGGAUGAAAAAAAAAAGGAGGCGGCGGCGCCGGGAGUCUCCAGCGGAGGUCGACGGCGGAACGGAGCUAGGCGAGCUCCAAUCCGGCGGGGAGGAUGAAGGUAUCCAUGGGAAAAGCAGUCAGAGAGGAAGCAGGGAGAGAGAAGAUAUAUCUGCUUUUUUUGUAUCACUGACAAAUGGACCACGAACGGACAUGCGCGGAUGGAAAGGACGUCCACGCUCGUCCGGCUCGCCCCAAAAGUCGCGCAAAUUUGGUGGAGGUUUGGGUCCUGCCGGACUUCGCGGACCGUCCGUUUUGCAUUUGGGACCGCGCGUUGGGACAGGUUUUUACCGUAACGGACGCACGCGGACGUUUUGCGUACCCGCGCUGGAGAUGCCCUAAACACCGGGCAGACAGCACGUCCUCGGUCGGAGCUUAGGAAGAGUCCUGGGUCUUGGCCCAUUUGGUUGGUGGGAUUGAUCAAAAGAGGAGCCCAGCACAGCCCAUCUGAGUGCUUUCUCCCCGCACCAAAAGUCCAAAACCCUCUGCGUCCCCUGCUCCCCGGCCGCCGUACGGACUGCGACGACCAGCCCCUCCUUGCUGAGGCCAACGCCAACGCCGCUUGGGAGCUCCACAUGGCAGAGACAGAGGUGCGUAGAGAACAAAGAAAGCAUUCGCUCCUCCCUUAUUUUGCCCUCCGUCGCCAUUGCAAGAGAACCACCUUACCUGUCAUGACCCCGCGCAACUUCUGCUGUCUUUGUUCUUGGCGCGUAUGGUGUUUGGAUGCUCGUAUGGUGUUCGGAUGCACGUAAGGUGUUCGACCCAUGUCCUGGUCCGGCAGUGCACACGGUGAUUGAUUGUGUGGUACCUGGCACGUUCGGGCAGGGAUUUCCCUAUGGCGAACGGGAUCUACCUUGAUUCACUUGUUAUCACUUGUAUUGCACCCUCCGAGGAGUGAAGUUUCAGUUUCUGAAACUCAUUUCCUUUUCGUUUGCUGGUUGCUUGACAGUGUUGAAUAUUUGGCACCUGCGUGACAAAGCUUCCAUCAUUUUCAAUCACUGCUACACAAUACAAUUUUGAAUUCUUGAGACUCAUUAACUGCGUAAUGUUUUUUUUUCGAAAACAAGGCAAAACUAGUUGCAUACAUGAAAUGGAUGGUCUGUUUUAUUUUGCAGGAAGCGCAGGGCGUGGACAGGCUCACAUUGCUGACUGAUGACAUCCUAUUGUCUAUCCUGGGGAGAGUCGACCAUGCCGUGGCAGCAAGGACCAGUGUGCUGUCGAAGCGGUGGAGGAACCUUCCUUGGUUGCUCCCUGAGCUCAGCCUCCAUGUCAGGGAUUUCCUGCCUGCCCCAAGCCCGGACCUCAUUGAGGCGCAGCACAUGAGUCGAGCAAUGGCCUCUCUAACUAAAUCAACCAGUAGCUUGUUGGGUAACCGCCGCAGCGACCGCACCAUCACAAGACUUUCCCUUCAGCUCUACAUGACCGGCAACCGCUCGCGUGAUAUUGGGCUGCUAGUCAGCGACGCCAUCAACAGAGAGAUGGUAAAAGAGCUGCACCUUGCAAUUGUUGAUGAGAAGGGGCUUAAUGACUGCGAAAAUGAGGAUAUGCUGAGGCGGGCUCUGAGGGUUGACGGGUUUUUUGGCGCAUAUCCUAGUGUGCUUCGUUGCCUCACGAGGCUCCAUCUGGUCAAUGCCCGCUUUGCUAAACCAGAUUUACAUCACUCACUGUUUGACUGUGGCAGGCAACUGCAGCACCUUAGUAUCGAAAAUUGUGAUACUGGGGACUGUUCGGUAUGGCAGAUAGAUGCGCCAGAUUCAAAACUCAGAAUUCCUGAAAUCUACUUUCCCUGCUGGCAAAGAGUUGAGGUGUUCUGCCUUCCAAAACUAGAGAGGCUAUCUUGGGAGGGUUGGUGGUAUUUCCAUGCCCCCUUGCUUUUUGGUUCUGUCCCAGCUCUUAAGGAAUUGUACCUCUUAAAUCCGGCAACUCCUAAUCAAAGGGGCUUUAGUUUAGCGGAGGUACUGCAUGGAACGACAAAUGUAAAUACUCUGGCAUUAAACUUCCAAGGGGAAAAGCUUUGGAUACAGCCAGAAGGGAAGCAACUCCGGGAUGCAUUCAGCAAGCUCAGGAAGUUGUGUAUUCAUGGCAUCUAUGUUGAAUUUGACCUGUUCUGGACAAUGAAUCUCCUUGAAGCUGCUCCAUCUAUUGAGACAUUUGAUGUCGAGGUAUACGAACAUCCCUGUGAAGAUGUUACAGAAGGAUGAAUAGUAACUUUCGGUGACAGAGUGAAACCAUCAUGGGAGAUGCCUCGGUUCACAAGCUCUGGUAAGUGGCAAUUGAAAGAACUCCUAUUUGUUGGUUUUAGGCCCAGUCUGGAGCAACAUACCUUGUUUAUUCGUGCUGUCAUGGAUCGAGCUCCGAACUUGAAGACGGUUCUUAUCAAAGACUACAAAGAGUCAUGUCAAAGUUGUGAGGCCUUGGUUCCAAGGCCUUCUCCGACAGGAGGCACCUUUCCAAGAGACAAGGCUGAGCAAGAAACGGUUGUCAACCAACUUAGAGACAGGGCCUGUUGGUCCUCCCCACAGAUAAUAUUUAGCAGCGGUUAUUUGAUUUGUGGCACUUACUGAAAUCUGAAUGAUUUUCUUUUUGUUGUAUGUUGAACCGAGUUCAUUUUGUUAUUUCCUCGUCCUAUUGGCAGCUUGUCUUCACAUUCUGCAAACAAAAGCAGAAAAUUUAACAGUUGACUUUUUUUGGUGAAGCAUGGCUUCAACCUGUGUUGCCAUGGCCGGAAUGGAUUGACAUGCUUCACAGCGAAAUCUUAUCACUCGCCCGUGGUGCUGAAUACAGAGCAGGUGGAUGGGAGAUGCAAAGCCACAUUUUUGCGGUGUAUCUUUUAAAUUUUCCUUUUAAAUAGAUUUCUCAGUGUUGUUUCUCAAAGCUGGGAUUGAAUUCAGAGUUCAAAGUUUAUGCCAUGAUGACCCAUUUGUUUCAAUAGUUUCGAAAAAGAAACUGAAUUAUCAUGAUUGUUUGGGAAAUUCAAUUCGGCACAUGGGAGCAUAUGCUCCUGCCACCGAAAAAAUAUUUUGAAAUGUUCAAAAAAUUCGAACAAAUUUUUUCUCUCUUACGUAUCAACAUUUUCCGUGCGCACAUCAAGUCUUGCGAAAAAUCGACAUUUUUUAUGACUUGUGUGAAAAAGACAAACAAAACGUCUUGUACAUAACCUUUUUUACAUAAAAAUUUGUCUUUUUUACGGAUGACACUCAAAAUGUCGUUUUUCUGUGAAACC